AUGCCCUACUACUCCAAAUCAGAAGACUGGCUGCAUCACUCCUCCCUCUUGCUCGCCGCUCGACCUACCACCGUUUGUCUUCUCCCCCCCCGCCCCCUCCCCCUUUUUUCUUUCCUGUUUAUUGUCCCAACUAAUUUUGUGGUAUGGCAGACAAGAAUAUCAACAAACUACCACCUCUCCCCCGCCCGCCGAACCCCCAAGUCUGCCACGCCCGAGCAGGUAGUUGAGGAUGAGAAGAGGGGAAAGCGGGGACACUUGGUGAUCACGACGUUUGAUCCAAAGAGCGGGGUUAGUCUCAAGUACAAGACUAGCAAGGCGCAGGAGGUGGGGAGGUUGGUGCAGAUGCUUGGAACGUUGGCGGGGAGGGCGGCUGGGAGGGAGGAAGAAAGGGGGGUGAAGAAGGAGGAGGGGGAUGUGGAGAUGGGGGAGGCGGCGGCGGACGGGGGAGCUGGGGAGGGACAGGGGAGUGGGAUUGUUAUGCCGGUUGUGGCUGCUGCUGAGAAGCAAGUACCGCAGGUGGGAGGGGCAGGUGGUGGUGGGGGGAAGAAGAAGAAGAAGGGGAAGAGGUAA